AAUGAGAAGAAGGAAGUCACCGACGAAGUAAUAUUUCUUCAGCUUAAAGCUAUAAAACUCGGCCAUUCAUUCAUCUAAUUUCUCCAUUCUCAACCAACAACUUCUAAAUUCUUCAUCAUCACAGUUCAAUCAAAUUCUCACAUUCCAGAAAGUAAAAAGAAAACUUGAUUUUCACAAUCAGAAAACACAGCACAAAAUGAUUAAUACAAAGAAGCUCAUUAAAAUGGCGCGAAAGUGGCAAAAACUAGCAGCUGCGAGCAGGAAAAGAAUUUCCUGGUCAAGAACAGUUGCUGAAAAGGGUCACUUUGUAGUUUACACAAGUGAUAAAAGACGAUUUAUGAUUCCUUUAACAUACAUAAGAAGUGAGAUUUUCACGGAGCUCUUUAGAAUGGCAGAGGAAGAGUUCGGAGUAGCAGCUUCAGGACCAAUUGUACUUCCUUGUGAUUCAAGUUUCAUGGAGUACGCAAUAUCCAUGAUCCAGAGACAUGUAUCCGAGGAUCUGGAAAAAGCACUGAUCAUGUCUAUGAACACCUGUAGAUAUUCAGUAUUGUCAAAUGACCGUAAAGAACACAUUAAUCAGCAAAUGUUUAUCUGUAGCUUUUAGAAACUUUCCUAGGUCUUUUGUAGAUAAUAGAGAGUACUUCAUUUGUAGUAUAAAACAAUUUUUUACCAAAGAAAGUUAAUACAAAUUCCUGCAGAAGUUCAGAUCAAAAAGUGUUGUUAUUUUAACAUUAUGCCUGUGUUUUUGUCCCUUCAUGGUGUAUGGUAUAAGCUACCUGAGAAAAGGGCAGAAAAAGAGCUCAUUUUGUUGUCAUAUGUAAAGGAAAAUGGAUGUCAUUGGUGAACAGAUUAAAAAUUAGUAC